AUGACGUUCAUUUUGGAGGAGAAGAAGGAGAUUUUGAAAAAGAUAAAGAAAAAUGUAAAUGUAAGAAAGAACCAGAACAGCAUAUCUCUGUCGGGCCCGCGGGUGAAGGUUCAAGAGACAGAAAAUGUAAUUAAGAACAUUCUGCACUCACUUCACAGUGAUACUCUGCGUAUUGAGAAACCGGGAGCCAAAAAGUUUUGUAAGGUCAAUGAAGAAGUGCAUGCUACAACCGCAAGGACAAACUUCCAUUGUGUGAUACGUUUAGAGGAGACUGCUGUAGAAAGUAAUCUGUUUUGUAAAUCCCGAUUCCAAAUAACUCUUCCGAAUGGUUUGACCCUCUCUGUAUAUAAAGAUGACCUGUGCCGACACAACGUAGAUGUCAUUGUUAAUGCAGCCAAUGAAGAUCUGAAACAUAUAGGGGGUUUGGCAAAAGCUAUUCUGGAUGCAGCAGGACGUAAAGUCCAAGAUGACUGCGAUCAGAUUAUCAGGAAAGAUGGAAAAUUGUCCACUGGAGAUUCAGUAAUUACUGACGCAGGGAAAUUGCCGUGCAAACAAAUAAUACAUACAGUCGGCCCUCGAUGGGAUGCAAAUUCACGCUCCACAUGUGAACGGCUCCUACGGAGGGCAAUUACCACCAGUUUACAGCUGGCCUCCGAGAAGAGUCACAGUUCAAUAGCAAUUCCCGCCGUCAGUUCUGGUGUUAUUGGAUUUCCCCUAAAGAUAUGUGUUGAAAACAUAGUGGAAGCUAUACGGGACUACGUAGAGACGCCGGGACAACAGAGCACUUUACAGAGAAUCCAUCUUGUAGACAUGAAUGAUGAAACCGUCAAGAUUUUCUCUGAGGUUACAAAGGCCAAAUUUGGUAACCAAACGAAUGCUGUGCCAUCUACAGCAAUGGCACCCCAGCCGGUCACAAGAGCGGCACAGAACCCACCAGAGUCAGUGAAUAGAGGUAAUGACAACACUGUGGUGACCAAGGAAGGACUGAAGAUCAGGCUGCUUCAGAAGAACAUAGAGGACUGUUCGGUAUGUAGAUUCACCAGCAUUUCCUGCUAA